AUGCACAAUUUCUUUAGCUCUGGCAUUGCCUCGCAAGAAUGUGGUUUGCUGCUUACACGUGCAGAACAAAAGCUCAAAGUCACCCUGGAACAUGUUCGAAACUUCGUGUCCAUGUCUUGGGUCUGCGCUUCGUCCUGCAGCGGUCAAAAACUUUAUGGGAACAUUUCCUCGCAGCUUUUGAACAAGAAACUUUUUCGAAAAAAUGGAGGUGACAUUCACUGGGUCGGCUCAGCCUCGCAAACCCUCGGUUUGAUGUCGCUUUUGUUUGCCUUUUGCCACUUUGUCCUUGUGGAUUUCCCUGACAUACAGGAGGAGGUUGAAAGCUUUGUGGCUUUGCAUUUGGUUUGCUUGCGGGUGAUGCAUUCAAAGCGCGACCCCAAAUCCAUGCAAGGUAUUUUACAGUUGCAAUCUGAUCAUCUUCGGAAAUUCGUGAAAGCGUAUUCACGAGAUGCCUGCAGACCCAAGCACCAUUUUCAGUUCCACCACGAACACCAAAGCAUGGAAGUUGGCUACCAAUUCGAUUGCUUCUGCAUGGAAAGAAAGAACAAAGCCUUCAAAGGAGGUAUUCUGCCGAAUAUCAGCCGGAUAGAAGACUUGGAAAGAACUGCGUUGGCCAGAUGGCUCCAAAUCGAUGCAGCCUCCACUUUGAAAAAUUGCCCGGCUUUGUAUGGAAAAAUCGACAGGUAUGGAGAUGCUGCCGCUGCCUUCAGCAAAUACAUGAAAAGCACUGUGGGUGGCUGGAUUGGCCAAGGAGACUUUGUGCUGAAUCCAUCUGAGGCGACUUGUUUCUACGUCCAAGCAUGCCAACAACAGGAAAACAUUUUUUACCUGUUGGGUUUGUGGCUACAUCAUAAAGGCCAUGGAAACGAAUGGGUUUGGUCUCAGUGGUCCUGGCCAAACGACGUGAACCAUGUUUCCGCCUUGGCUGAAACUCGUCUCGUGGACUUCUGCAAAGUGACCUUUGCUCAAGACGUGGACGUGAUCACUUUGAUUCGCUGA